AUGGCGAAUAAUAAUUAUGCGGAUGCGACAGGUUCGUCCCCGCCAGAGCGAGGAAUCAGCAGAGCUGCGACGGAUCCUGAGGAAUUGGUAGAUGGGGCUUCGAUUCCGAUGGCAGAUGGCAGAGAAGCUGCUCCCAGGGUGUGCUUCUCUCACGACCUAGGCAGAUCGACUGCAGAACCAUACAGGAUGGGGAAUCUCUCAGUCGAUGAUACACUAGCUGCUCUCCAAGUACCCCAGAGGAGUUCCGGUAACGGUUCUGGAGCGAAUAAUGCUAUGAGGCUUCCGUCUGCAUCGCCGACACGGACGAGACACCGUGGGUAUUCCCUGCGCAGAGCUCUGUUCGCCAGAAGCGUGAAUUACAGGCCACCCAGGCCGGGAGAGGGAGCUGGAGGGAGGAUUGAGCUUCUUGAGGGAUGUCCAAUUGGAGGAAGCCAGGAACAAGAACAAGAUCGCGGAGCAGGAGAAGGGACAGGAGGAGGACAUGAUGGACAGGCCGCACAAAGGGAAAGAUAUGCCAAGAGGCUUUCGAGUGCCGCCCCUGUGUCUCCAAGCAAUUUGGAUGGGCAUCAUAUGUCGAUAUCCACAAUUACAGCUGUAGAAGAAGGACGGUACCCGUUCGAGGAGAACUCGACGAAAGGCACCCAGUCGAGAGGGAAAGGAGGCCUUACCACCCUAUGGAACUACGAUCUCUGGGCCCGGAAACGCAUCCAAUCUUCUGCUCCAGUGAGAAGAGCCAAAGCAUGGAAAGACAAAAUGGUUAUGAUUAUUCUACGGCGAAAUCCGAUCACGCCCUCUAAAGACGGACGUCACAUCGACCUCGAUAUCAGCAUUAGAAGAGCUGGUCCGGUGAUUGACGAGCGAACCGGCAAAGAACACAUCAGUAAUUGGAUCAGAUCGAGCAGAUAUACAGUCUGGAACUUCUUGCCAAGACAACUGUGGUUUCAAUUCUCGAAGCUGGCGAAUGCGUACUUUUUGGUCAUUUCUAUACUGCAGAUGAUUCCCAGCUUAAGUACAACGGGCACUUACACCACCGUUGCCCCCUUGUUGGUUUUUGUGGCGAUCAGUAUGGGGAAGGAGGGGUGGGACGAUGUGAGGAGAUACAAGUUAGAUAAGAUCGAAAACAACCGGGAGACGCUUGUUCUGCGUCGGUUCAAACCCGAGCAAGCGUUUGGAUCUGGCGAGCUGGGAAAUAAGUUGAAAGCUCUAGUACCGAAGAAGAAACAUGCUAAGUUUGAAGGUGCUCUUGAUGGAGCUGAAGAUAGAGAGGAUGGGAAUUGGAAAAAGUUGAAGUGGCAUGCGAUCAGAGUUGGCGACAUCAUCAAACUCCGGCGCGACGACCCUGUCCCAGCAGACAUUGUGAUUCUCUCAGCUUCUGGCCCCAACGGUGUCGCUUACAUCGAAACUAUGGCACUUGAUGGCGAAACUAAUCUCAAAUCCAAACAAGCGCCUCCGCCUCUGGCUAAACGCUGUGGAUCUGAGGACGCCAUUGCAACCUGCCAAGCACACUUGGUUAUCGAGGAUCCGAAUAUAGAUUUGUAUAAUUUUGACGGGAGAGUGACGGUCGAUAAGGAGACGCUGCCGUUGACGACCAACGAGGUUAUUUUCCGAGGCAGCACGUUGCGGAAUACAGCGCAGGCUGUGGGAAUCGUGGUCAACACAGGCGAGGAGUGCAAGAUCCGCAUGAACGCUAACAAAAAUCCUCGAACCAAAGCACCAGCUCUCCAGGCGUUCACCAACAAGAUUGUUAUCUUGCUUUUCUUCUUUGUUGUCUUCCUCGCUCUCUUCUGUACCCUCGCAUACCAGAUUUGGACCGAUAAGACCGAGGAGAAGGCAUGGUAUUUGAAAGGACUACAUGUCCCCUUGCAUCAGAUCAUUGUUGGGUUCGUGAUCCUCUACAACACGCUGAUUCCACUGUCACUGUAUGUCAGUUUGGAGAUCGUUAAGGUUGGGCAAGUUUACUUGAUGGGGGAUGUUGAAAUGUAUGAUCCGGUGUCGGAUACGCCGAUGACUUGCAACACCACUACCAUCCUGGAAAACCUGGGUCAAGUCAAUUACAUCUUUUCCGAUAAGACCGGAACGUUGACAGAUAACAUCAUGAAAUUCCGCAAACUCAGCGUUGCUGGCUACACCUGGCUCCACGACUUCGAUUUGCAGGAAGAAGCCGCCAAGCUCGAAGACGCUCAGGCGGCCGCUGUGGAAAGCAAGAAGAAGAAGGGCAAAGGCAUUAUGAAACACGUUGUCCAGAUGACAAUUCCUGCCCGACCAGCAGACGAGCGAAGAAUGUCCGCCUUGUCAAGUUCUACAGUCCGUCCUUCCAAAUCGAUCCGCAGAUCUAGCUCCGUGAAGCAGUGGAAGUCGACAGCACGACCUUCAAAAGCCCAGCCAGAGACGCGGACAGAAGACUUGCUCAAGUUCAUGCACCAUAACCCACAUAGUGUGUUUACGAAGAAGGCGAAGUUCUUCCUGCUCUCGCUGGCGCUGUGCCAUACGUGUCUGCCCGAGGUGAAGGAGAAUGGGGACAUUGAAUUCCAGGCUGCUUCUCCCGAUGAACUGGCUCUUGUCAAAGCUGCUCAGGAACUCGAAUAUCUUGUCAUUGACAGAUCUGCGAAAUCUAUCACUAUAAGGCAUUCAAGCGGCCCAGACUCCUCUGAGACAGUUACAGAAACCUACGAUAUCCUCGAUGUUAUUGAGUUCUCCAGCAAGCGAAAACGCAUGUCGAUUAUCGUUCGCUUCCCUAAUGGCAGAAUAUGUAUCUUUUGCAAAGGAGCCGACUCGGCUAUCAUGCCGCGUCUCAAGCUUGCGCCUAUGGCGAUGCAAAAGAAGGCAGAGGUAUUGAACCGUUCGAAUGUGAUUAAGAACUUAGAAGCCGGGGAGGCACUGAGAAGAAUGAGCGAGAGUAGCCCACGCCCUAGCUUUAGCCCUCGUGUAAGCAUCAGCAGAAAGAGCGUCAGCCUCUCUCGCCCCAGCAUGCAUGCAUCCCGUAAAAGUAUCGGACACGGACGGUCCAGCACGGCGAGCGCGCGAAUACAGCCUAUUCCUGUUCGCGACGAGCUAGAUACCUGGAUUCGGAGGCAAGAAACCGACGGUGAUCCCGUCGAUGAUACAGGGGUGUAUUCGACUGGCAGGGCCUCAUUUGCAUCUCUGGACCGCAUCGGCUCGACAAUGAGUAUUCCGGUGUUGGAGAGGCACUUGGAUGAGAUGAUUGAUGAAGGCGUGGUGCUGGAUGAGGCGAUGGUGUUCGAGAGGUGCUUUCAGCAUAUUGACGACUUUGCCUCCGAGGGGUUGAGGACAUUGCUCUUUGGAUAUCGGUUCUUGGACGAGGGGGAGUAUGGAGGUUGGAAGAAAGUAUACGUCGAUGCCACAACCAGCCUAGUGGACCGUCAGAACUUGAUCGAGCAUGCUGGAGAGCUAAUCGAGCAGAACUUCGACCUUGCAGGCGCUACUGCCAUCGAGGACAAGCUGCAGAAAGGCGUCCCUGAGACGAUCGACAAGUUGAGGCGGGCGAAUAUCAAAAUAUGGAUGCUUACCGGCGACAAGCGAGAGACGGCCAUCAAUAUCGGGCACAGCGCUCGGAUUUGCAAGAGCUACUCGACCAUUAUCAUUCUAGAUCAUAAUACGGGCGACGUUGAACAGCUCAUGGCAACCACUUUGAUGGAUAUCACUAAAGGAUCUGUUGCCCAUUCCGUUGUUGUCGUCGAUGGACAGACGCUCUCUGAGAUUGAUGUGAAUGAGACGCUGGCCUUGCUGUUUUUCGACCUUGUCGUUCUUGUGGAUUCAGUUAUCUGCUGUCGAGCCAGCCCGAGCCAGAAAGCCUCUCUAGUAAAGAGAGUGCGGACCAAAGUCAAGAAGUCUCUUACCCUGGCCAUCGGCGACGGCGCGAACGACAUUGCCAUGAUUACGGAUGCUCAUGUCGGAAUUGGUAUUAGUGGAAAGGAGGGGUUGCAAGCUGCUCGUAUUGCAGACUACUCGAUCGCACAGUUCCGAUUCUUGCAGCGCCUUCUCUUCGUCCAUGGACGAUGGAACUACGUGCGAACAGCGAAAUACAUCCUGGCAACCUUCUGGAAAGAGGUCGUGUUCUACCUACUCCAAGCCCUGUAUCAGAGGUGGGUUGGAUAUACAGGAACCUCCCUCUUCGAGUCUACAUCCCUGACGGUAUUCAACACGCUGUUCACCUCCCUCUGCGUCAUCUUUCUCGGCAUGUUCGAGCAGGAUCUUAACGCAAGCACAUUGCUAGCAGUACCAGAACUUUACGUCACUGCGCAGAAUAACUCGGCGUUUAACUUCAAAGUGUAUUUCGGGUGGAUGCUCAUGGCGAUUUCAGAGUCUGUCAUCAUCUACUUCUCUAUCUAUGCGCUCUUUGGUGGAGCGAUCUUUACCCGCGACGAUAACCUGCUCGCCAUGGGCACGCUUGCCUUUUCAGCCUCUGUGGUAUUCAUCAACACAAAGCUCCUUCUCAUCGAGAUGCACAACAAAACCGUUAUCUCCUUCCUGGGCUGGGCGAUCUCCGUAGCCGGCUGGUUCCUCUGGACGCUCUUCCUCUCAGUCGUCUUCACACACAACAAGACCUACCCGCUCUACUCCAUCAAAGACGGCUUCACCAAAGGCUACGGCCGCAACCUCCUCUGGUGGCUCGUCUUGUUCCUCACCCUCGCAGCUGUCGUGCUGUUAGAGCUGGGUGUCAGCAGUGUGCGGAAAGCAUUCUGGCCGACGGACGUAGAUCUCUUCCAGGAGCUCCAGAGGGAUCCCGGUGUGAGGAGGAAGUUUGAGGAGGCGGUGGAGAGGGACGAGCAGGGCGAGAAUGUUGUCACUUUCAACCAGCAGAAGAGCAGUCGGGAAGAGGAAGCGAGGAGGGAAGGCGAGAUUCAGAAGUUGCUCAAUCGGCCGCGCGUUAUGGAUCGGGAGACGAUGCAGGCCGAGAAGGCGGAUGUGCUGCAGAGUCCUGUGGAGGUGGGGGGUGGUGGGAGCGGGAGUGGGAGUGGGGGGAACGCAGGUCGGGGUGCGAGCGAGCACCUGACGAGGAGGAAGAUCUCGGUGGAUUAUGGGAAUGAGAACCUGCAGCAGGAGAUGAGAUGA